AUGUUUACGUGUCGGUUGUUGCUCCGUCGCCAUGCAGCCAUUGGCCUCACAUGCCUUCGCUUCAGCCAGAGGACCGCAUCUUUUCAGCCCUUCUCACAGAAGGAUGAGGAGGACUUGGUGCGGGUGGUGCGUACAAAGCCACGGCAUGUGCUGAAGCAUGUCCGUCAACAAGUGUGGCGCUCACGUAAGCGGGAACUGCACUUUCGCAACACCGUCACGCACCUGAUGAUUGUUCUUCAGGAAUUUCUUCGAAAGCAAUUGAUCGACCCUGCAAGUGCCUCGCAAAUAAUGGAGGGUAUCAUGGAGGAGUGUGUCAAGUACUCGCAGCACGACAUGGCUCACCUACUCUUUCGCGCCUUCCUUCGGUUUCGGAAGUAUGGCUGCGUUAUCUCCGUGGAUGCGCUGCGCUACCUCUUUGAGUCCUACAAGGAGAACGACAGCAGCGAGCUGAUGAUCCAGCUGGCAAAUGAGAUGCGGUCCGAUCCCGCCAUGCGGCCAUUGUGCAUCGCGGCGUACCUCUUCGCCAACCAUCCGGAGGAGGCCGAUGCGCUGCAUGAGGGACUUUCUUUUAGUGACCUCACACGGGAGGACAUCGUUGCGCUUAUUGACGGCUACGACAAACUUCGCAGGACGGAGAAGAUCAUGGAGGUGUUGCAAAAAGUGACGCAGCUUAACAUAGACCCCGCCGACCUUACUGACAUCUUCCGUGCUCUCUUCCGUGUAUUUUACCAACGCGACGAUGAGGCUUCUUUCGCUGCUGUCUUUCAGGCAUCCCGCGAAAAGUCUGUCGCGUUGGAUGCGGCAACUUUUGCCAUUAUUCUUAGGCAGCGUAUGCGACACGUGACUUCUGUGGAGGAGAUUGCGGCUGUGGAGGCUGAGCUUCAGGAGAUUGGCUAUUUUCCGGAUGUCACAGGGAAUUCCAUCAUCAUUGCCGCCUACGCCCGGCUUAUUCACUUUGGCGAUCGUGGCAGCGAGGAACUCAUGCUGUCCAAGGUGGACACUCUUCUGUCCUCCAUUGAGUCUCGUCUGAAGCAAGGAGAUCCCGACAUGGAUAUCAGUGCCGCACACAUCCGCGCUGUCAUUCGUGGCUAUGGGGCAGCGGGGCGGCCCGAUUCCCUGAAGACCGCAUGGACACGUAUGCAAUACAAUGGCCUUACCAACGAUGUGCGUGUGUACAAUGAAUUGCUAAAGUGGUUUGCUCUUAUGGGAAAUGUGAAGGAUGUGAUUGCAUUGAAGGAGGAGAUGGAUGCGGCGGGUGUGCAUCCGGAUUCUCAAACAUAUGCAUGGACGCUUCGUGCGCUAGGGAAAUAUUAUCCUCGUCAUGUUGAAAAGCUCUACGAGGAGAUGGUGGAGAAACACGUGCGGCCGGAUGUGCAGCUGUACAACACAAUGAUAGGCAUCUUUGGCGAUUUGGGCGACUUGGAACGAGUGGAGACGAUUGUGGAGGAGAUGAAGCGACGGGAGGGGUUUGGGACUUUGCAACUGACACCCGUCACAUUCGCGGUGCUCAUUCGCAUCUACGCCAAUGACUUAGCAAAGGCGGAGGCCGCGUACGCGGAGGCGAAGAAGCGAGGCCUGACAGACCAUCCGCAUGUGCAGACAAGUAUGCUUCAUGUUUACGCCAAUCAUGCGGAGGGCUCUGAGAAGCUGGAGGAGCUUCUCAAAGAAAUCUCAUCGUGGUCCACGGACAUCUUUAAUGUGCUGCUAAACAAAUACGGCAAGAGCGGUCAACGUGAGAAGGUGACCGAGUUAAUUGAAAAAAUGAAGGCAGAGGGAACGGCGAUGAAUGAUGUCACCUUUGGAACCCUCAUCACCGCUUUUGCCCGCUGGGGGGACGCCGAGAAGGUACGCGAUGUCAUUCAACUGCUGAAGGAGCAUGAGGGGGAAGUCUCCGCCGCGUUUUACUCCGUUCUGGCGUCAUCUCUCAGCAGGAUGGGCGAUGUGGACGGCGUGAGCAACGCCUGGGAUGAUCUGCUGUCGUCGAAGCUGUUCCCAGACACGGAGGUGUACAACCAGUUUCUCCUGCUGUACAGCAGGCAACACAACGCCGGGAAGAUGCAGGCGGUUCUCAACAGCAUGAUGAAACAAGUACCACCGAACCCCGUAACGGCCACCACUGUACUUGACAUGUUGGGAAAAUCAGGGAGAGUAGCAGAGAUGGAGUCGCUCUUUGAUGAUAUGAAGCAGUCCCCUGACACCAUGCCGACAUCCGUGACGUAUCAUCAGAUGAUGAACACAUACGCCAAAACAGGUGAUGUUGCCAAAAUGGAAAAACUUCAUGCCGAGUUUCUGGAGAAGGGCUACACCAAUAAUGCUGUCACGCACAAUAUCUUGGCGGACGGUUACGGUCGCGCGCGACGAUUUGAGCGGAUGGAGGAAAUUGUGCAGCAGCGGAAGUCAUCGGGGAUCCCCAUGGAUGACCUCAUAUACUGCAUCAUGGCCACAUCCUACGGCCGGGCGAGGCUAAAAAAGGAAGUGCACCGUCUCUACACAGAGGUCACUUCCCCCACGUCCCGUCAUCUCUUCACUAGAAAAGUCAUUUGGUCAUUCAUUGACGCCUUUUGCCGCUGCGCAGCCCCGGACGACAUGGAAAAGUGCGUCGAGGAGUUAAAGAAGACGGAUGAAAAUAAUACUCUUACCGCGAGUGAUGUUCUUACCCUUAUUCCGUACUACUGCCGCCUUGGAGACAUGAGCCGCGUAGAUGAGUUACGUGAGAAGGCCAAUUCGAUGAACGCGGACCUGUCUUACACAUCACUGAACGCCAUUGCACGGGGAUACGCCAGGGCGGGACGGUUUGACAAGACGGUAGAGACCCUCCACCUUCUGCGCGAUCGUAAUUGGGUUCCAGACGCCGCCACGGCACUGUCACUCUCCAGCUCCUUCCUCAAAGCGGGUCUGCACGAACAGGCGCAGCAAGUCGUGCAGUGGAGGCGGCAGUACGCGAAGCACGCGGGGGAGGAGGUGUCACCGGCUUCAGAUAUUUAG